GACUGAGCCUGUCUGCAGUUAAUGACAAGUACAUUGAGAGAGGACACUCCCUCAGUCUGAGAAGGAAUACUGUAGGAGGACAUCAGACAGCACAGUCUGAACAAGCAGAAGCCUACACAAAGAAUAAACAAGUACUCUGUGUGGAAAUAUGAAUCGCUCCUGUAUUACCUUUCUGAAGAGAUGGAUGGUUUUUAUGCACUUACUCUGCUGGACCAGUGGAGCUUUUGUCCAGGCCUUUGGCAUAUUCGGGAUGUUUAAAUCCCAGUAUGGCUCGAUCAUCAACACCUUCAAACCGCACUACGCCUCCAACUGCCUGAUAGUGACCGGGGCCAUCGUCUGCUGCGUGUGCUACCUGGGCAUCCUGGGUUCCCUGAGGGAGAACCACUGCAUGCUCAUCUCCUUUUAUAUCGUCCUGUUCCUCUUGAUGCUGGUGGAGUUGGCUAUGGCCUGCAUCUUCCUGGUAGUUGACAGAGAGAUCGACAGGUACUUUGAGGAUGAUUUCUUACGCGCUCUGGACACCUACAGACAGUCGUCCGACACGGGGAAUCUGACACUGAAAGAGGAGUUUCACUACAUUCAGGCUACAUUUAAAUGUUGUGGGGUCCAUGGGCCAUCAGACUGGAAUGGCCAUCCUCAGAUAUCAUGUUGCAUUGAAGACCCCUGUAACAUGUUUCCUAUCAUCCCAUGGGAAGAGGGCUGUUUUGGGCCGUUGAGAUCCUGGUUUAAAAUGAACUUUCUAAGCAUAGGUGCAGGAGUUGUGUCUCAAGCCAUUAUACAAGCACUUUGCAUAUGCUUCUCUUGCAUAAUCAUGUGCAACUUUCGGAUGACUGGACGGGGAUAUAUGUGAUGGAAUCCCUCAAGAUGGCUUGUUUGAAUGGAUGCUUAUACUAUUUUCUGAACACGUUGUUUCAGUUUGAUGUGAGAGUGUCGGAAUGAAGAACAAGAAAAUCAGUCAUGAAUUUGUUCAAUUACCAUAUCAACAGACAUGGCCAUUUUUGUUAAAUUUGUGUUAAAACAGAGUAAAGAUGAACAGGAGUAACCAAACAAAAAAGAAAUGUUCAUGUGACAAGACAGUUAAUUUAGCUGGAUUAAAAAAAGAAAAUGGUUCAAUGUCAACAUACAUACAGUUAAGGAAGACUACUGUAUUGUUCCUUUGACUUGUUCCUGUUACUGAGUAUGUCAUGUUACCCGGAAUGAUGUCAGAGAGUGUUAAAUAGUAUGUCUAAGUAGUUGGAUGAAAUUCUCUGUAGGAAGCAUUCAUAUUUUUAGUAGAUUUAAAAUGCACUUUAUCUGUGAGCUUAAAUCAAACUGCUGCUUUGUGUCUAUAUGUCUGAUAAGUACAAAUCAUUGGUACAUUGAUGUAUUUGUCAAAUGAUCACCAAAUUAUUCCUCUUGGGGUUUUAUAAAACGUUUGUGGAUGGAAAAAAUAAAAAUAAAAAAAGCCCUACAAACAA